AGAAAUUUUCAUCAGUGCGGACGUAGUACAAGCUUAGUCUUCUCAGGCUUUUAUUUUUUUACAAGCAAGCUAAACCAAAACUAACAGAAUCAAAUCACUGGAGCAGCUCGAAUUGUUUUUACUGUACUUGCCUUACAAUCCUAAGCACCUGCCCUCCCGAAAAAGCACCACUAGCUGAACAUAACCUAGAAAGAAAAGCGAAGGAAAAACAUUCAAAGGAUUUCCUUUCACCUGCGGCCAGAGAAUAAAAAGACAACAACAUCGACAACAAAUACAUAGUAUGAAUGUCGCCUAAAUAUCAUCAUUUCGAGAUUGCACUGGUCUACUUUCUGCUGUUGAUACCAUGGCCGCCGACGAAUGUCCUCAGGAUGCUCUGUUCGCGAGAUAACAGCCGGCUGGUGCGGAAGAUAGUGCGCUCCAAGUGGACACCUAUUUUGGACAAGCAUCAGGUUAAGCUACCCCUUGAGUGCCCGCUGCAUCCUUUCCGGGAUGUAUUUGCCCCCAGACAGGAUGCCAAGCAAAGGGAUCGACCCACUCAGUGGACGUGCAGGAAAUGUGGCAAGAGCUUCUACCAGGAGAAGCACUUGGAUCUACACUUUGAAACGCGCCACAAGAGCAUCAUCAAUGAGGCGGAGGAUGCCGUUUGCCUGGCCGACUUCUGCGACAUCAUGCGCUGCGGUUUUGAGACGGAGGAUGCGUCGAGUCUUAAGUUCGGGGACCAGCACAUUGUCACGGACAUCGAGGUCUGGGGCGACUCCCUGGGUCAGAACUCCGCGUUGGCCAAAGCGAAUGCCGCCUACUUGAGCUUAAUACCAAGAACUUCCACAUUGGGUGCCUCGCGUGCCGCCAAAGUACAAAACCGUCAAUUACUCCAAGACAAGCCAAGCCAGGCCAGCAGCAAGCAGGAUCAGCCGCCGGCAGAUGCAACACCGGAGGACGGCUCGGCGGCCCGGCCCAAGUCGGCGGGCGAGAAGCUCCUCCACAAGCUCAAGGAGCUGGGCAAGGCGCACCUGAAGUCCGCCGCUGCGGAACCAGAGGCCAGCAGGCAGAACGAAACGGAUGAUGAUGAUGACGAGGAGGAAGAGGAGGGCAGCGGGAAAGCCGAGGGCAGUGGCCAGUCCGUUGAUCCGGCCAAAAUGGAGGAGGGAUCGGGUGCCAAUGGGAAUGGCAACAAGGCCAGGGCCAACUGCAAGCCGGAUGAGCUGAGUAAGCUUAAGACCCGGUGCGAGCUACUGCUGAGGAGCUGCAUCGGUGGCCUGUUGCUGUCCAUGUCGGAUCAGGCCUUCAAGGAGAUGGAAGAGGAGAUGAACAAGGCUGUGUGCUGGUAUCUGACCUGCGAUCGCUAUUGGGAGGAUGGCCCCUUGGAGCCCCGAGCAUUCCCCUGGGGCCUGAUCGUGAUCCUGAUCUUUGUACUGUCGACUGGCAUCUGCUUCUGCUACUACAUCAUCUGGAUCCUUUCGAUCAUCUGUUUCAGCUCCGAAGAGACGACAAUCAACGCCAACCACUAUUACGGCCAGGGAGCCAUCGGCGGCAGCGGCGGGAGCAUUUACAUGCCCGGAGCAGCAGUGGGUCAUCACUACCAUGUGGAUUAUGCCACGCGGCGCGACCUCGACCUGGACGCCGGCGGGAUAGCUGCUCAGCAGCAGCAUCAGCAGCAGCAGCAACAUCAGCAGCAGCUCCUCCAAGAGCAGCAGUUCUAUUACCAGCAGCAACAGCAACAACAGCAAGUGGCCUCCGGCCGGGAUUUGUAUCCGGAUCCGGUGCAAUACCAUCGGCACAGUCCGCGGCAUUACAUCGGCGAUCAGCGUCCGGUGGUGGCUGUGGGCACACCCACCCAAGGGGCCGUGCGCACCAGCUCCUCCAACGCCAACACGCCAUUGCACCACCGCCAGCACCCGGGUCAUCCACCCCACCUGCAGCAUCGUCACUCGACGAGCCUGGCCUACCCACAGGACAUUUUAGACCGACGCGACUAUACAAAUAGCUCUUCGCGCCCCAUCGCCACCAGCAUGGUGGCUGGUUCAGGAUCGGUGCUUGCAGCAGCAGCAGUGGCAUCCGGAUCAGGAGCUCCUGGCGAUGCCCAGCAGCGGCACUACAACACGCAUCCGCGGCCGCUGGAGACGAGGCACCGCCAUGUGGGCUCCUCGCAGCAAUCCCUACGUGCCUCCGCCUCCACGCACGAGAUUGUGCAGCAGGAGGCGGGUCUGGGUCAGAACGAGCACUACAUCUAUGUGACCUAUCCGCCGGAUCUCAAAAAGCGAUACUUCGAGUAGUCGCAGUCGCAGUCGCAGUCAGCCGAGCGCAGGUUGGAUGCUUCAGUGGAUCGGUUGGGUCCAGUACUAUGGAGACUGUGUUGCAGAGCCUUCGUAUGAGAGGAGAGAUCGAGUGUCGGACAGAGAGACCAAAGAGCCCUCGGAAGGAGAGCCAAGAAACGAAACCAAAGCCAGAGAUCAGGAUGCAUGAUCUGGAGGAGAUGGAGAAGAUAUAUAGAGAAAAAUUAGGCGGCGGACUGGCCGUCAACCUAACCCCAAAAAGUUGGUUUUUUACUUUUAGCCUGCAAAUUCUAGAUUUGUGAACUGUGCUGUUCUUUUUAAAUUCUACAAAAUAAGUUGCA